UAAUCUGCUUUUUCAUCUCAAUCGUGCUCUAUCGAUGCGUUUGUGUGCGUGUGCGCUAAAAUGUUUGCAAGUUUGCAUUUCACUGCUUUCAGGCUACCCAAUGAUGACUUCAUCGCAUUUGGCACUCUAAGCUGCGCCGAGCUUUGCUUGCAAAUCACCAAUCGUGCCACCAACAUCGAUAUCGACAUCGACAUUGUCAGUCAAGUGCAUAUGAGUAGCUGCUUCCAUAGUGAUGUGACGCAUUGGUAUCUGCAUCGACAACAUUCCCAAUUGCGUGCGAGUUCCGGUGCGUGUCUCAAUGUGGAGCGAAUGCCAAAUCGCACGAAUUCGUGGAGGCGUCCGACUCGCACAUCCAAUUUUCGUGUAGUGCUGCAGCCUUGCAGCGAUGGUGAGGAUGUUGGCGAAAAUGUUGGCCAUUAUCAAAAGCAAAAUCAACGUUGGCUUCGACGUGGCGGUUGGCUGGUGCACCAGCAGACGCAACUAUGUCUCGAUAAUCCGCUAAGCGAUGUGGUGGUCGUCAGUCAUUGCCGUUAUGCAGCACCAACGCAACUGUUUCGUUUCGCCCUGGAGCUGCAACGAUUGUAGAAUGAAUGUAUGGCGCGCGCGGCAGGUAAAGAAGGAACGGCACUGAAGUAGGUAGGUGUUCAACCGAAGAUCAAAAUGUGAAUGUUGUUGGAGAUGGAUAUUGACUUGAAAUGCAAAACGACAACACUGGCACUGCUGAGGAUACGAAAGUAUUUUGAUAGAUGCAGAAAUGAACUAGAAGCUUUGCAAGUCGGAUUAAAUUUGUAUCGAUGUGGUUUUAAAGACUAAAGCACAGUUGGACUAAAUUAACUUAGAUAUAAACGAAGUGAUCUUAUAUUUGUAUUUAGGUAUAUAGGUUUAAAAACUAAAUCAAUAACAUGAACAAAUGU